GAGAGAGCAGCACUCAAAGAAGAAACGUGAGCUCACUUUUCUUUGUGUGGAAUGACGCUUGUUGUUAGCUCCCGUUGCUACUAGCCGUGCCGUCGGCCCGCUUGUGCUGAUGGAGCGCUUUCUGGCUCUGCUGCGCCUGCUGGGGAGGAGGCGAGGGGGGAGGCGGUACCGGGCGGAGGAAGACUACCAGGAAGGCUACGAGGACGUUUACUUGUACACUAGCAAGUACAACACACACCUUCUGAAUGACGGUCCGUACACCAAACACUCGGCGGGCUCGAGACCUUCGGAUGGAGCGCUGGCCAUCAGGAGGCAGAGUAUACCGGACGAGUUCAGGGGGUGCACGGUGGUGGAGCUGAUGAAGAAGGAGGGCACCACGCUCGGACUGACCGUCUCUGGCGGCAUCGACAAAGAUGGCAAGCCACGGGUAUCGAACCUACGGCAGGGAGGAAUCGCCUCCAGGAGCGACCAGCUCAACGUGGGUGACUACAUCCGCGCGGUGAACGGCAUCAAUUUGGCCAAGUUCCGUCACGACGAGAUCAUCAGUUUGCUAAAGAACGUGGGCGAGCGCGUGGUGCUGGAGGUGGAGUACGAGCUGCCGCCAGUCUCCGUGCAGGGGUCAGGGGUCAUGUUCAAGACCGUGGAGGUGACGCUGCACAAAGACGGAAACAGCUUCGGCUUCAUCAUCAGAGGCGGAGCCACUGAAGACAGGAACAAGUCCCGGCCCAUCGUCAUAACAACCAUCCGCCCGGGCGGGUCCGCAGACAGGGAGGGAACCAUCAAGCCGGGCGAUCGCUUGCUGAGCAUCGAUGGGAUCCGUCUCCAUGGCAACACGCUGUCAGAGGCCAUGAAUAUCCUUAAGCAGUGCGGUCAGGAAGCCACGCUGCUCUUAGAGUACGACGUGUCCGUCAUGGACUCUGUCGCCACGGCGUCCGGCCCACUGCUGGUGGAGGUUGCCAAGGCGACGGGCUCCAGUCUGGGCGUGGCUCUGUCCACCUCCAUGUUCUGCAGCAAGCAGGUCAUCGUUAUUGACAAAGUCAAACCGGCCAGCAUAGCUGACAGGUGCGGCGCUCUCCAUGCAGGAGAUCACAUUUUGUCCGUGGAUGGAAAGUCAAUGGAGUUCUGUUCUUUGGCUGAAGCUACCCAGCUGCUCUCCGCUUCCUGUCAGACCGUGCGCAUGGAGAUCCUGCCCCAGCACCAGGCCCGGCCUGCCCUCAGCGCACCACAGCAAGUAAAGGUGCAGCGUUCUCCCCGCCCCCUACCCUGGGAGACCGGUGGCUCCGCCCCCGUCCUCCCACCUUACCACUACAACACAUACCACCCUGACCAGUCAGGUGCCAGAUCCCAGAAUCGGCACGCAAACAACUCCUCGCUCAGCCACUCGUUCUCGCCGGGUUCCAUGUCGGCCUACAGUCUCUCGUCCCUCAACAUGAGCACCAUGCCCAGGAGCGCGUAUCCCACAAGUCCACGGGGCACGCUGAUGAGGAAGAAGCAGAAAAAGAAGGACUUUAAGAGUUCCUUGUCGUUGGCGUCCAGCACUGUGGGUCUUGCCGGCCAGGUGGUGCACACGGAAACCACGGAGGUGGCGUUGCUAGGCGACGGCAUCAUGGGCUUUGGCCUUCAGCUGCAAGGUGGAGUCUUCGCCACCGAGACGCUGUCUUCGCCGCCACUCAUCGCCUACAUCGACCCCGACAGUCCUGCUGAGAGGUGUGGGAUCCUGCAGAUUGGAGACAGGAUUUUGUCCAUAAAUGGGGUUCCAACUGAAGACUCCACUUUGGAAGAAACCAAUCAGCUGCUCAGAGACUCCUCUAUCACAGCACAACUCACCCUGGAGAUCGAGUUCGAUGUGGCUGAGUCUGUCAUUCCGUCCUCGGGAACUUUUCACGUGAAGCUUCCAAAGAAACCAGGAGUGGAGUUGGGAAUCACCAUCAGCUCGCCGUCCAAUAGGAAAUCGGGUGACCCUCUGAUCAUUUCGGACAUCAAAAAGGGCAGCGUGGCUCACAGGACGGGGACGCUGGAGUUGGGAGACAAGCUGCUGGCCAUCGAUAACAUCCGCGUAGAGAACUGCUCCAUGGAGGAGGCCGUCCAAAUCCUGCAGCAGUGUGAGGAGCUGGUUAAGCUGAAGAUCCGUAAAGAUGAAGACAACUCAGACGAGCAAGAAGUGUCAGGCAGCAUCAUCUACACGGUGGAGCUGCAACGCUACGGCGGUCCGCUAGGAAUCACCAUCUCAGGCACCGAGGAGCCUUUCGACCCCAUCAUCAUCUCCUCACUCAGCAAGGGGGGGCUGGCAGAGAGGACGGGCGCGAUCCACGUGGGCGAUCGUAUCCUGGCCAUCAACAGCAGCAGCCUGAAGGGCAAACCUCUGAGCGAGGCCAUUAGUCUGCUGCAGCAGGCGGGAGAGACGGUCACGCUCAAGAUCAAGAAGCAGGGCGAGCUGUCCAGUCCCAAGUCCUGCGUGAUUGGCUCAGUGACGGGGGCGGUGCCUAACCAGGAGAACCACGAGGAGGACGAGGAGGAGCCUGUUGUCAUGGUAGCACCCCCUUCCAACCAGAGGUUGUUCAACACGCUGCCGUCCGUAGACAGCGCCGUGGAGUCCUGGGAUGGAUCCAACAUGGAUGGCAGCUUCUCCGGCCCGGCUCCGCCAUUCCAGCCGUCGCCUUUUACCUUCCACGAGUGGCGCAACGCCAAGAUCAGCAACAGCCAAUCACCCGCCUCCUCCCGCCAGAGAGCCAAUCCGCUGUCAGACCUGGGCCUCAACGAUGACUGGGAUCAGGCCGCCCUCGGAGGAACCUGUAAUGUCGCCAGUGGUCUUAUUUCUGACAGCAGGUUCAUUGUGGGCCAUGAUGGGACUGAACCCGACCAGGAAGAGAACUUCUGGUCUCAGGCGCUGGAGGACCUGGAGACAUGUGGUCAGAGUGGAAUCCUCAGAGAACUGGAGGAGUGUGAAAAGGAGGCGGAGCUCGUCACUGGGGCCACCAUCAUGUCAGGCUCCUCCCUCAGCCUCAACCAGGACCCCGCCCCCCUGCGCAGCACGCUGGGACGCCAGGCCAGCUUCCAGGAGCGCAGCAGUACCCGACCCCUGGUGACCCCGCGCUCAAACACUUUGCCCUCUGACCCCCAGCGCCGGGCCUUCGCCAUGAAGAAGAUGAGACAGGAAGUCAACGACAUUCUCAACCAGAACCCAGUAGAACUUCACAAACUGACUGUGGAGAAGUCUUCUGACUCGGAGGACUUUGGCUUCAGCGUGUCAGACGGCGUGUUGGACCGCGGCGUGUACGUCAACAACAUCCGAGCGGGCGGCCCGGCGGAGCGCGGCGGCCUGCAAGCGUACGACCGCUUGCUGCAGAUCAACCACGUCCGCACACGAGACUUUGACUGCUGCCUCGUGGUGCCGCUCAUCGCCGAAUCGCCAAACCACUUGGAGCUGGUCAUCAGCCGAAACCCCGCCUCCUCCACCAACCCGCUGACCAAUCACACGGAAGGACGCCCCUGUCAGACGGAAUCGUCCGAGCUGCGCGCGGACACCGAGAACGUUGACGCUCCCAUGAAGUGGAAGAAGCCGGGGGAGGGACUGGGGGCGGGGCUGGUCACCAACACUUCCUUUUAGUGGUGUCACUGGAACCACCGGACCCCGCCCCCUAGCCGGACCCCGCCCCCACGGUGCUACACAAACUCUCCAUCGCGGUGAACUUUGAGCCCUGAAAGCACACUGACGGAGCAGCCACCUCCUGUCGUCACUUCCUGGUCUGUACGCCAGGAAGCUGAGUUACGAGACAAGCACAGCUGCGGUUGCCAUGGAGACCACACACACACUCCAGUCAGUCUAAAGACCUAAUGAACGCUCCAGGAGGGACAAGUAAUAUUAUGACAAAGACACUAAGAAGUUCUCAAAUAUUUUUUUUUACAAUUACACGUGACUCGACUGGCCACACUGUGUGUGUGUAUGUGUGUGUGUGCGCGUUGUGUGUGUGUGUGUGUGUGUGUGCACUUGUCGUCUUUGGCCAGAGAACCCCCUCCCCCAAUUCCCUUAGCCAAUAGGCAGGCAGGAUGACAGACGGAUUCAUCUGAUUGGCUGGAACCAAUCAUUCAAAAGAUGCCUGAUUCUGAUUGGUUCUCUUCCCCAGGUUAACCAAUCAGCUUCCAGGAAGCAGCCGAGCAUGACCCCGCCCCCUCCCUUCCAGUAGCUGUGAUCUAUUAUGCUAAUCAAUUGGUGUGUUUUUGAUUGACUGAUGUCAAUUUCUGUUUGUUUGUUUGUUUGUUACCAUGACGACUGGACCUCAAACUGUGUACAAUGGAUAAAAAAAAAAAAAAGGUUCAGUCCAUCAUCAUCGAGCCAUAACACCAUUUUACAUUAAUAUAUGUAUAUAUACAGUGGGGCAAAAAAUGUAUUUAGUCAGCCACCGAUUGUGCAAGUUCUCCCACUUAAAAUGAUGACUGAGGUCUGUAAUUUUCAUCAUAGGUACACUUCAACUGUGAGAGACAGAAUGUGGAAAAAAAAUCCAAGAAUUCACAUUGUAGGAAUUUUAAAUAAUUUAUUUGUAAAUUAUGGUGGAAAAUAAGUAUUUGGUCAACCAUUCAAAGCUCUCACUGAUGGAAGGAGGUGUUGGCUCAAAAUCAAUCAAAUCAAUCAAUAUUUAUUUAUAUAGCCCUAAAUCAGAAGUGUCUCAAAGGGCUGCACAAACCACAACGACAUCCUCGGUACAGAGCCCACGUAAGACAUAAGGGCAAGGAAAAACUCACACCCAAUGGGACGUCGGUGACAGUGACAAUGACUAUGAGAAACCUUGGAGAGGACCGCAUACGUGGGCAACCCCCACAUAUCAGGGGACCGAAAGAUAAGCUUUUAAUGAAAUCGGAACUAAUAGAAAUAGCCAACUAUAAAAAUAAGCAGCACAUUCAACACGACAGACAUUUUAGUUUCAAAUUUAGCUAUUUAAAUGCUCCCAAGUUCCUAGUCAAUAAAUGGUUGUUGGUUGUACUUGUAUAGCGCUUUUCUACCCCCUUUUUAAGGAGCCCAAAGCGUUUUGACAGUAUUUCCACAUUCACACACUGAUUGCGGGAGCUGCCAUGCAAGGCGCUAACCAGGACCCAUCAGGAGCAAGGGUGAAGUGUCUAGCUCAAGGACACAACGGACGUGACUAGGAUGGUAGAAGGUGGGGAUUGAACCAGUAACCCUCAGAUUGCUGGCACGGCCACUCUCCCAACUUUGCCACGCCGUACCAUUCCACAGCAUGCACUUACCCUCACUUCUAGUCACAAAAUUUGGGUAGUGACUAAAAUUAUACAAGUGGUCCAGGGCGGCUGGAAUCUGGUUGAGUAUAAAGCUUUGUUUACGCUUCUGUGCUAACCUGCCAGCAUUCCCACGUUAAAAUCUCACGAUACAUGGCUCCAUUCAUUCUUUCCUUAACACGGAUCAAUCGUCCUGUCCCCCUUAGUAGAAAAACAGCCCCAAAGCUUCUGAGUUUAUACCAAAAAGUUCUAUUUUGGUUUCAUCUGACCACAUGACAUUCUCCCAAUCCUCUGCCGUAUCAUCCAUGUAUCCAUUUUGGUAUAAACUCAACUCGUCGUGUUUGGGGGAAGAAGAAUACUGAGUUGCAUGCCAAGAACACCACACCUACUGUGAAGCAUGGGGGUGGAAACAUCAUGCUUUGGGGCUGUUUUUCUGCUAAGGGGACAGGACGAUUGAUCCGUGUUAAGGAAAAAUGAAUGAGGCCAUGUAUCGUGAGAUUUUGAGCCAAAACCUCCUUCCAUCAGUGAAUUAUAUCUAUAUAGCACUUUUUCUCUAGUGACUCAAAGCGCUUUACAUAGUGAAACCCAAUAUCUAAUUUUUACAUUUAAACCUGCAACCCUCAAGUUACUGGCACGGCCGCUCUACCAACCGAGCUAUAUCGUGAGAGCUUUGAAUGGUUGACCAAAUACUUAUUUUCCACCAUAAUUUACAAAUAAAUUCUUUAAAAUUCCUACAAUGUGAAUUCCUGGAUUUUUUUUCACAUUCUGUCUCUCACAGUUGAAUUGAUUGAUUGAUACUUUUAUUAGUAGAUUGCACAGUUCAGUACAUAUUCCGUACAAUUGACCACUAAAUGGUAACACCCGAAUAAGUUUUUCAACUUGUUUAAGUCGGGGUCCACGUUAAUCAAUUCAUGGUACAAAUAUAUACUAUCAACAUAAUACAGUCAUCACACAAGUUAAUCAUCAUAGUAUGUACAUUGAAUUAUUUACAUUAUUUACAAUCCGGGGGGUGGGAUGAGGAGCUUUGGUUGAUAUCAGAACUUCAGUCAUCAACAAUUGCAUCAACAGAUAAAUGGACAUUGAAACAGUGUAGGUCUUAUUUAGUAGGAUAUGUACAGCCAGCAGAGAACAUAGUGAGUUCACAUAGCAUAAGAACAAGUAUAUACAUUAGAAGUACAUUUGAGUUGUUUAUAAUCCGGGGAGAUGGGAUGUGAAUGGAGGAGGGUAUUAGUAAAGUGUUGAAGCUGCCUGGAGGUGUUGUUUUAGAGCGGUUUUGAAGGAAUAUAGAGAUGCACUUACUUUUACACCUGUUGGGAGUGCAUUCCACAUUGAUGUGGCAUAGAAAGAGAAUGAGUUAAGACCUUUGUUAGAUCGGAAUCUGGGUUUAACGUGGUUUGUGGAGCUCCCCCUGGUGUUGUGGUUAUGGCGGUUAUUUACGUUAAGGAAGUAGCUUGACAUGUAGUUCGGUAUCAGGGAGAUGUAGCGGAUUUUAUAGACCAGGCUCAGUGCAAGUUGUUUUACUCUGUCCUCCACCCUGACCCAGCCCACUUUGGAGAAGUGGGUUGGAUUGAGGUGUGAUCUGGGGUGGAGGUCUAAAAGUAACCGGAUUAGCUUAUUCUGGGAUGUUUGGAGUCUAGAUUUGAGGGUUUUGGAGGUGCUGGGGUACCAGGAGGUGCAAGCGUAAUCGAAGUGUACCUAUGAUGAAAAUUACAGACCUCCGUCAUCAUUUUAAGUGGGAGAACUUGCACAAUCGGUGGCUUACUAAAUACUUUUUUGCCCCACUGUGUGUGUGUGUGUGUGUGUGUAUAUAUAUAUAUAUAUAUAUAUAUAUAUAUAUAUAUAUAUAUAUACACAAAAAAAAUCCUGUUAAACAGGGAACUUGUGAAGCGUGCGUGUGUCAACGUUUGAGUUCUCAUUGGAACGAUAACGUUCAAAGCCACCAAUCAGAAACCUCCUUGGAACCACUCGCUGCUCUGAUUGGUCGUCUUAUUCGGACUUGGACAGACUUUAACUGAAGCACAGACUGGUGGCCAUCAUGCUAGCUCGGAGCUGGUAGACCAAGCACAGGGCUUACUUAGCACAAGGCUGUUGUCACCCCGUGAAAAGAAGCGCAGCUAACAUUAUGAGUACAUUGCAGACUAACAGCAUACGUUAAUGAUAAUAUAUCCGUUAUUGACAUUCAUUUAUGACACUAUUAAUUCACAAAAAAGAGAGAAAGGCUAACGGCGAACCUGCUUGAAAUCAGGGGAUUGAGUCUGAUGUUGAGGGGCGUGGCUUCAGCGUGAUCAAGCCAUACACACUGUGUUUGUGCGUGCGUGCACGUGUCUGCGUGCGCCAGCAACAUGGCAGGGAUUUGCACUCGGCCUCCACCACACUCCCUACACACGUGCACGCGCACGCACCGGACUGCCAUUGGAACUAAAGAGUCCAUUCCCAUGUAGCUUCACCAACCAAACCGUAUUUUCUUUAAGGAACAAGGAUGUUGUAAAGUAUUUUUCUACUAAUUUAAUACUUUGGUAGCAUGAUGUUCCUGCUGUUUGUCCUGUCUCCACUUUCUUUCUAUGGACGACUACUGAGCAACAAUAAAGACCCACUAUAGUAGUA